AUGGGGCUAAUGCAGAUAGAUCUCAAUCCCAAACACCAACUGAUCAUCUCAUCUCACCACUGCACCAUUGUCACAACUUUAGCAGGCACCAACCCAGAUAUACAAGCACUGAAGUGGUUUGGUGAUUUGGAAGAUUCAGCCUCUUCUCACUGUCCUGUUGGAGCCAGGGGCAGUGGAAAUAAAAACAUGUUUAAAACCCACACAGAUGAAGAGGCCAGAGAGUUGGUUAGAGCCUUGAUUCAAAGGUACAGAAGGUCACCUGACUGGAGACGUAAGACUCGGACUCAUUCGCGACCAGCUUUAAGAAGUAAACGAGCAAAGUCAAGAGCAACCAAGGGGUGUACACUGAAAGAAAUCAAUGUGACUGUCAGUGACCUGGGAAUCUCCCAGAUCUCAGAGGAGGUAGUGCGCUUCAGAUACUGCACUGGGUCCUGUGAUGCUGAAAAGAAAUUCUAUGACUUGACUCUGAAAAACUUAAGAAAUUCAAAGCUUAUUAAAAAAGAGGUCAGAGCCCGGCCAUGCUGUCGGCCUACCCUGUAUGAUGAUGAUGUUUCUUUCCUGGAUGUUAACUUUCGAUAUCACACACUUCGACAGCUCUCAGCAAAAGAAUGUGGCUGUGUCUGA